CAGCCCGGAUACAGUUGGUGAGAAUACGGAAGCGGAUCCGUUUGUGACUCGUCAGCCGGCGGAGGCCGCGGUGUGGAGCAGAAGCCCAGAGAAAAGGCGAUGGAUUAAAUCGGGGGAAGCGCUGGUCCGGCUUCGUCCCUCCCUUCCCCUCCCUCCCUUCCUUCCUUCCCCGGCCACAACUGCCUUUCCUUUUCUUGCAUGAAAAAGUAGAUUAUGGAGAAUGAUGAACUUUCGCCAGCGAAUGGGUUGGAUUGGUGUAGGAUUAUAUCUGCUAGCAAGUGCUGCAGCCUUUUAUUAUGUAUUUGAAAUAAAUGAAACUUACAAUAAACUGGCUUUGGAGCAUAUUCAGCGGAACUCUGAGGACCUGGGGAGUGGAGUCUCUUGGACACAGACAGUAACGGCACGCUUGUUUUCACUCCCAUUCUGGCUGUGGGGUCUCCUGUUUUUGAUUCCAUAUCUGCAAAUCUUCUUAUUCCUAUACUCAUGUACAAGAGCUAAUCCCAAGACAGUUGGCUACUGUAUUUUCCCAAUCUAUCUGGCCGUCGUCUGCAAUCGCCACCAAGCUUUUGUCAAAGCCUCCAAUCAGAUCAACAGAUUGAAAAUAAUUGACACAUGAAUGGACCUAUCACUUUGGGUUACAAUAGGGUAACCCCAAAUCAAGAUUCGAAGCAUGGAUGCCUAAUUUGAUGUAAUCUGUAAUGAAAUGUCUGGCUGUAUCUGAAAUUUCAUUACUGGGUUUUUUUUAAAUAAAACUUUAUUUGGGACCAUACAGAUCCAGCAGACAACUGUGUAAAAUGACAUUGUUCGGAUUCUGUUGACGUUUCACUAUCAAUCACCAUGAGUCACUCCAUUAACUCUUCCCUACACGCAUUUCAGGAAUUUUCAUUAUUUUUCAAUGGGAAUUCCUAGCUCUUUUAGACCACUUUGGUGGGAAAGGGUUUCAUUCUUCUUCCUUCCAGAUGCUUAAACCUAUAUUUUUAGUUUUUGCACUUCAGUUUUAAUCUCUAACUGAAAAUAAGGUGCAGUAAAUGUUUUCUAUUUCUGGCAAAAUGUCUAUUUCGGUAUAUGCAAACAAUGCAGAUUACAUUCACAUCAACCACUUUUGGGAAUGAUGUGUUUUCAAAAUGGCCUUGUGAAUAAAGAUUAUUUGACCAUCUA